AUGUGUGUCCUGUCUCCUCCGGUACUGCGUAUCCCAUCUCCUCCAUUACUAUGUGUCCUGUCUCAUCCAGUACUGUGUGUCCUGUCUCCUCCAGUACUGUGUGUCCUGUCUCCUCCAGUACUGUGUGUCCUGUCUCCUCCAGUACUGUGUCCUGUCUCCUCUAGUAAUGCGUGUCCUGUCUCCUCCAGUAAUGUGUGUCCUUUCUCCUCCAGUAAUGUGUGUCCUGUCUCCUCCACUUAUGUGUGUCCUGUCUCCUCCAGUACUGUGUGUCCUGUCUCCUCCAGUAAUGUGUGUCCUGUCUCCUCCAGUACUGUGUGUCCUGUCUCCUCCAGUACUGUGUGUCCUGUCUCCUCCAGCACUGCGUGUCCUGUCUCCUCCAGUACUGUGUGUCCUGUCUCCUCUAGCACUGUGUGUCCUGUCUCCUCCAGUAAUGUGUGUCCUGUCUCCUCCAGUACUUCGUGUCCUGUCUCCUCCAGUAAUGUGUGUCCUGUCUCCUCCAGUACUGUGUGUCCUGUCUCCUCCAGUACUGUGUGUCCUGUCUCCUUCAGCACUGCGUGUCCUGUCUCCUCCAGUACUGUGUGUCCUGUCUCCUCUAGCACUGUGUGUCCUGUCUCCUCCAGUAAUGUGUGUCCUGUCUCCUCCAGUACUGCGUGUCCUGUCUCCUCUAGCACUGUGUGUCCUGUCUCCUCUAACGCUGCGUGUCCUGUCUCCUCUAGCACUGCGUGUCCUGUCUCCUCUAGCACUGUGUGUCCUGUCUCCUCCAGUACUGCGUGUCCUGUCUCCUCCAGUACUGUGUGUCCUGUCUCCUCCAGUACUGUGUGUCCUGUCUCCUCCAGUACUGUGUGUCCUGUCUCCUCCAGUACUGUGUGUCCUGUCUCCUCCAGUACUGUGUGUCCUGUCUCCUCCAGUACUAUGUGUCCUGUCUCCUCCAGUAAUGUGUGUCCUGUCUCCUCCAGUAAUGUGUGUCCUGUCUCCUCUAGUACUGUGUGUCCUGUCUCCUCCGGUACUGUGUGUCCUGUCUCCUCCAGUACUGUGUGUCCUGUCUCCUCCAGUACUGUGUGUCCUGUCUCCUCCAGUACUGUGUGUCCUGUCUCCUCCAGUACUGUGUGUCCUGUCUCCUCCAUUACUGUGUGUCCUGUCUCCUCCAGUACUGUGUGUCCUGUCUCCUCCAUUACUGUGUGUCCUGUCUCCUCUAGUAAUGCAUGUCCUGUCUCCUCCAGUAAUGUGUGUCCUGUCUCCUCCAGUACUGUGUGUCCUGUCUCCUCCAGUAAUGUGUGUCCUGUCUCCUCCAGUAAUGUGUGUCCUGUUUCCUCUAGUACUGUGUGUCCUGUCUCCUUCAGCACUGCGUGUCCUGUCUCCUCCAGUACUGUGUGUCCUGUCUCCUCUAGCACUGUGUGUCCUGUCUCCUCCAGUAAUGUGUGUCCUGUCUCCUCUAGCACUGUGUGUCCUGUCUCCUCUAGCACUGUGUGUCCUGUCUCCUCCAGUAAUGUGUGUCCUGUCUCCUCUAGCACUGUGUGUCCUGUCUCCUCCAGUAAU